AUGGGGACCGGCGACGCGCUCGGCGACUUCUGGUGCAUCUACCUGUUCGGAGUGGCGCAGCAGCGAAUCAUCCGAGGGCUGCGGCUGCGUCUGUUUGGCGCCAUCGUGCGCCAGGACAUCGGCUUCUUCGACACGACGCCGAGCGGCGAGAUCGCCUCGCGGCUGACGGCGGACUGCGCCGAGAUGGCCAACGACCUCACCUGGGUGUUCCGCUUCACGAUCGAGGCCGUCGUGCGGCUCGGCAGCAUCCUGCUCUACAUGUUUGUGAGGUCGUGGAGGCUCGGUCUGCUCGCCAUCGCAAUCGUCCCUGCGACCGCGCUGAUCAACCGCAGCUACGCGCGAUUCAUGCAUCGCAACCAGCAGCAGGUGCAAGCCGCGCUCGCCGACGCAAACGCGAUCGCCAUCGAGGUGAUCGGCGCGAUUCGGACGGUGUGCUCGUUCGCGGGCGAGCGGCGCGAGCAGGCGCGCUACCAGGCCAAGGUGGAGAAGUUCUAUUCCCUCAUCGUGAGACAGACGGCGGUGCAGGGCGUCUACUACAUGGUGUGCAACACCUUCCUGAUCAACACCUGCGUCCAGGCCGCCCUGCUCGCCUACGGCUGCUUCCUGGUCGAGCGCGGCUUGCUGAGCCACACCGUGCUCCUCGCCUUUAUGCUCUACCAGGGCCAGCUGCAGGAGUACGCGCAGAACUUGCUCAACUCCUUCACGUCGCUGCUCAAGAGCUCGGGCGCCGCCGCGAAGGUCUUCGACUACAUCGAGCGCCGGCCACGCUACCGACGCCCCGACAAGGGCGGCGGCGGCCGCGGCGGCGAGAGCACGGAGAACGGCGACGCGUGCGGCCUCGUCGAGCUGCGCGACGUCUUCUUCUGCUACCCGUCCCGCCCCGAGGCGGCCGUGCUUCGCGGCCUCUCGCUCACCGUCCUCCCGGGCCAGACGGUGGCGCUGGUGGGGCAGAGCGGCUCGGGAAAGUCGACGGUCCUCCACCUGCUCAAGCACUUUUACGAGGCAACCAGCGGCUGCGUGCGCAUCGACGGGCGAGACGUCUGCGACAUGCCGCACGCCGAGCUGCACGCCGUCGCCGCCUCCGUCAGCCAGGAGCCCGUCCUCCUCUCGGGCACCAUCGAGGACAACAUCCGCUACGCCCUCUCCGCGCGCGCCGCCAGCAACGAUGACGAGGCGGCGCUCCGCGAGCGCUUGGUGGCGGCGGCGACGGCCGCGAACGCGCAUGGCUUCAUUAGCGGGCUACGCGACGGCUAUCAGACGGCGGUGGGGGAGCGGGGGGUGCAGCUGAGUGGCGGGCAGCGCCAACGCAUCGCCAUCGCGCGCUCGCUGCUGCUGGACCCGGCGGUGCUGCUGCUCGACGAGGCGACGUCGGCGCUUGACGCCGAGAGCGAGGCGGCGGUGCAGGAGGCGCUCGAGCGAGCGAUGCAGGGGCGCACCACUCUCGUGAUUGCGCAUCGGCUGUCCACGGUACGCCACGCGGACUGCAUCGUGCUCAUGCACGGCGGCGCGGCGGUCGAGGCAGGGACACACGACGAGCUGAUCGCCAGACCGCUCCCUGCCGGCGGAGCGCCGAGCUACCGUCAGCUCGUCAAGCUUCAAACAGCCGCGGGUGGUGGUGACACAUGA